GCCGGCAGCGGUCAUCUUCCUUCUUUCACCAUACCCUCACCAUUAUCUUCUUCACACGACCGUCAUUUAUAUAAAGGGCCCCGGCAUACUGACCUCUUAUUCUUCCCUGCAUCGUGCCCGUCUUGGCUCCUACUCAUUAACACAGUACCUUCUCACAAGUGCUUCGCUGAUAUCAAGAUGGGCAUGAGCUAUCGCCGCUAUCUCGCUGGAGAGCGCAUUUAUGGCUGCUCUACAUGCAAGACCCAUCUGGCAACCAUUCACUCCAUGAUAUCCAGAGCGUUCAAUGGCCAGCACGGCAGGGCUUAUCUCUUUGACGGCGUGUAUGUUCUUCCUAUUGUUCUGUCGGCUCCUUCUCGUUUGACCUUAUUCUGCUCCAGUGUCAAUGUUGUCGAGGGCGAGCCGAACGAUCGCACCAUGACGACAGGCGCUCACACCGUGCGAGACAUCUAUUGCUGCAAGUGCAGCACCUGUCUCGGAUGGAAAUACGACAAAGCCUAUGAGCCUUCCCAGAAGUACAAAGAAGGCAAAUACAUCCUUGAGCGUAAUCUGCUUACGGACGUACAGUAGUCAUCACGAGUUUUUUCAGUGCUCGCGGUGAUGACUUGUCCGUCGAUCUUCGUCCCAUCACUUCCUCCUGAGGAAGG